UAGAGAUCUGGCGCAAUUUUCAACCACUAACCACCUGUAGGAUUCCCAGGGUGCUGGAUUGUUGGACAAAUGAAAUUCAGUCGUGAAAUAUAUCAAGUUGUAUCGUUUUGGAAAACGUGAUCACAUUAUUUAAUCGAUCAUGUCAAUUUAUAGUCAUCAUUAUCAAGAUCAACUGUUAAAAAUCUCAAGAAAAAAUACCAGUUCUGGAUUAUGGCUAGGAUUUAUCAUUCCUGCGUUAUUAUUUAAAACCGCCAUCUACUGUUUCCUCCUAUGUUAGUUCUUUGGUUAAUCCAUUUCGUGAUAAACAAGAUUCCGGUGAAAUUCUAUUUACACCUAUUGCACUUUUACUCGGUCUGAGUAUUCCUAUUUGGUGGCCACAAAAUAUAAGCAAUGAUAUGACUACAAUUAGUAUAGGUAAUCUAUGCUAUGAAUUAAAUGUAAAACCAUCCUCAUGGUCAGGAGUUUUAUCCAUAGCUAUAGGUGAUAGUUUUGCUGCAUUAAUUGGCCGAGCUUAUGGAAAACGUCGUUGGCCUGGAUCACAUCGAACAUAUCUAGGAUCUUUGGCUUCUUUCUUAUCUCAGAUAAUUGCAUGGACAAUGAUAUCGUAUUAUUAUCAAUGGCAUUGGUUCACUGGUAUUUUACCAAUAUUUAUUGGUGUACUCAUUGAAGCUUAUACAGAUCAAAUUGAUAAUUUAGUCAUACCAUUAAUUGUGAUGAUUAUUUUUUUAUAAGUUUGUAAAUAUAGAUUAUUAUUGAAAUAAUGAAUGAAUGAUUA